AUGGGAGCAAGAAGAUCGUCUCAUCAUAGAGUUGAAGCUGAUGCAUCAUGGGACGACGUCAUUUACACAAGAAAGGCAUGGGCCAGCGACGAGGACAAGCGUUAUUGGGUAGCUGAGCCAGGUAUUGACCGUAAAGCUUCUGCCUUCAUCGCCAAGUUCCAUGCCUCUCGUGUCUCUGAGUCCGAACGCCAAACUCUUCCUCCUUGCCAAUCCCAUCAUGACUAG